AUGCAAGCAAUCCUCGCCAUGCACACGGGCACUUUUCAAUGCAAAACUUAUGGGGACGCCGAUUAUUUCAUAGACAGUGACAUCCGACCAGCAGAUAGGAUUAUAGCAUCAUCAACACAUCUGCGCAAAUUCGUUCGUCUCGCCCACCAUAUCCAUGUUCUGGCACAUCUAUGUAUCGAGAGCUCCAUCCAGCAAUGCCUUAAGAGUCCAUUAGGCCAACGACAGUAUCCCCGAGGCUUUGAGAUACCCACCUGGACAGAGGAGCAGCGGACAGUUCUUGCAUUUUGGCGCGUCAUGUUCUGGAACGAACUCAAGAUUAAGGGUUCAAUGGGAUCUCUGGGAUGGUCCCCAGGGGACCUGAGACGACUGGCCUCAAGUGGCGCCUACCAGCAUUUUACAUCAAAUGCUAUGGUAUACGAGGCCUUUACAGCUUUGUUUUUUAUUGCUAGGUUUCCGCUGGUGGAAAGUUCACUUGACCCGUCUCAGCCUCUGUCUCAACACCCCUUCAAGCUGCCCAGGGUCCCUCAUGAAAAGGAGUUUAGCUGGGUCUGUGAGCCUCCUCCUUCUUCAAGAGCCAUUACUCAAGGUCGAUCAUUUGAGCAGUGUGGACCAAGCUUGGAGGCAAUGUUAUCUGCACAGCAAGGGGCGCAGCAAAAGACCCAACAGAGACCCGACAAAGUCUGCAGUCAAGAGGACGUCCUAGACCUGAGGCAUGAGCCCAGUCCUGAAGCCAGUCCUGAGCCUCCGUCCCAGCCUCAUCCGGACCUGACAGGGGAACCUGAAGAGCCACAUAGGCUAGGAGCACGUCGUUUUUUCUAUGGAACAGACUCCGACGAGGAAUCCGAAGACGACAGCCAAUUGGACACUGCCGAGGACUUACAGGAGGACACCGACGACGAAGAAUCAAGCUCCAGCUCGAGCUCUGAUUCAAGCUGGGCUGGUCCUGUAAUUACCCGAGGCUGCCUCCUCUUAGAUCGCUCCCCGUCUCCAGAAGAAUUUUAUAUCCGUAACCGAGUACACCCCUACGAGCCUCGCCCGGUCCAUGAUUAUGGGCCGCAGUCGCAGCGGCCCCAGGAGUGGGAGGACCUAGGCCGAGAACCGCUCGGUGUCCAAUUCUGGCGUAGUAUGGUUGGGAACCCUGAGGCCGGACCGGCUAAGUACAUGUAUUUCCAAGCGUAUGUUCGCUAUGGAUUUGCAAUCUGGGAGGAGCAGCGGAUGGUACAGCUUGGAAUGUGGUCACACUCCGCCCUUGCCAAUCCUUUGGAGUACUACCGACGAUGGUAUACCUUUCUUAGGCAAGAGGAUAUUGACCGCUGGAAACAGAAUUUUCGAUAUUUCGAUGAUGAUGACUACGAAUGA